AUGGCAAAGUUUCUCAACAAAUUGGCAAAAAUUCAUAUGAGCAUGAUCUAUGGAAGUGAAAUGUCGAAAACACUCUCGUGUAUCUACUCCUCUAAUUUCAAAUUCGGGUGCUCUGAACACGAAUAUGGUACAAUACAUGACUCAAGCAAUACUAGAAGAAAAACUUCCAAAACCAUGAUAUUCAACAUUUCAAUCGAAGAAACAAAACAUUUAGGAGAUGAAAUUUGCAAGUAUUUUGUGCUACACUGCUUAGAGAAGGUAGAGAACAUAUUUGGUAACAAAUUGGGUUCACCAUUCACUCUAAUUACCAAAGACCCAAAUGGAAAUUCCGAAGUUGAGAUUUUUACAAGACAAGCCAAUUUUACAUCACCCAAAGACUUGAAAUAUGAGCUUAAUUCUUCUAGUUGGGAAGAUUUGAGAAUUAAUGAUGUUGCUUUUCAAAGAGGAAAUGGGCCAAUUGAUGCUUCACAUUGGAUUUCUUGUGAUGCCCUUGAAGGAGUGGUCUUGGUUGUAAUUUCGGGCGCAAUCGAGGGCAAAUCUGGCAUACAUGUUUACGUCAACCUUCUGUUUGGUCAAUCAACUUGUUACUUUGUUUGUAUCUUUUGUCGGAGUCUUUGA